AUGUUUCUCCCCCUUCUGGUUAUACUGACUAGCUUCUUUCUCACGACUACUGCACAAUCCAGUUCGACAUUCACCCCGGCGCGCCCGCCGUCUUUGCCUCUGGCAGUGAAGAACCCAUAUCUGAGCACAUGGUUCCCUGCCGGCAGUGAUGGAGGAAAUGGAGGGUAUCUGCCCGGUCAAUGGCCAUCGUUCUGGACUGGUCAGUUGCUAGGGUGGACUGGUAUAGUUAGGGUUGAUGGCAAUACUUUCGUUUGGAUGGGAGCACCCGACAGCUACAACGAUCUGGCUAAUCAGACGUCGUACGAGUAUACGUCGACCAAGAGUAUUUUCUUCAUCACUGCCGACGACAAGAUUCAGCUCAAGGUCACAUUCCUGUCGCCGCUUACUCCCAACGACUUCAAGCGUCAAUCACUGAUCUUCUCCUACAUGGAGGUCGAGGUCUCGUCUCUAGAUAACUCAGAACAUGAUGUACAGAUCUACACGGACAUCAGUGCUGAAUGGACGUCAGGGGAUGUCGCUGCUGUAGCUGAAUGGAGCUUUGGUACUACACCGGAUGGUAUCAACUAUCACAAGGUCUGGAAGCAAGAUCAACAAAUCUUCAACGAGUUCAAUGAUAAAGCACAGUGGGGUAACUGGUAUUAUUCCACCGAAGUAGUCGAAGGUCUUACGUAUAAGUCGGGCGCGGACUUCGAAGUUCGCGAUACCUUUGACAAAGACGGAAACCUUGACAACGUGGAAGACUUGGACUUCCGACCCAUCAACGCCGGCUGGCCUGUGUUUGGAUAUGCCCUAGAUAUGGGUUCCGUUGGUUCAAACGUGAAGUCACAGCUAUUCACGAUUGGUCUAUGCCAGAAUGACGCUAUCCAGUUCCUGGGCGCGAACGGCCUCACGACUCUGCCAUCACUAUGGAAAACUUACUUUGAAGAUGAUAUCGCCGCGCUAUCUUUCUUCUACAACGAUUACGAGGAGUCCAGCAAGCUCUCUACUGAGCUCGACGAUAAGAUCUCAAAGGACUCCAAAGCAGUAGCGGGAGGCGACUAUGCUAUUCUGACCACACUGGCUGCUCGCCAGGCAUUCGGGGCUACCCAACUCGUCGGCACCGAGGACAAGCACUACCUGUUCCUUAAAGAAAUCUCAUCCAACGGGAAUACCCAGACUAUAGAUGUCAUCUAUCCGGCUACUCCGAUCUUCUACUAUACCAACCCGGAAUUGGUCAAGUUGAUGCUCGAUCCGCAUUUCGAGAACCAGGAAAGUGGGCACUACCCAAACAAAUCCGCUAUCCACGAUUUGGGAACGCACUACCCCAACGCUACUGGGCACCCAGACGGUGGAGAUGAGCCCAUGCCAUUAGAAGAAUGCGGCAACAACAUGAUCAUGAUGCUCGCCUACGUUCAGCUAUCUGGCAACUCCGAAUACAUCAAGCAACACUACCCCAUUCUCAAACAAUGGACCGAAUACCUCGUAAAUGACAGUCUCUUCCCAGAUACGCAAUUGUCAACCGAUGACUUUGCCGGUAAACUGACCAACCAAACCAAUCUCGCACUAAAAGGCAUCAUUGGUCUGGAAGCCAUGUCCCAAAUGUCGCGCAUCAUUGGCGAAAGUGCCGACGCAGAUGGCUACGCUACCACCGCCCACGACUACAUCAGCCAAUGGGUAGAACUGGGUAUCAACAAGGACGCCAAUCCUCCCCACGCCAUCCUCAACUACGGAAAUGAGACCACCCAUGGCCUGCUCUACAACCUCUACAACGACCGUCUCCUCAACCUCAACCUGGUUCCCCAAGAAGUCUAUGAUAUACAAUCAUCCUUCUACCCCACUAUCAAAGGGAACUACGGCGUACCCCUCGACACGCGAAAUCAGUACACGAAAUCCGACUGGGAGAUCUUCUGUGCCGCUAUUGCGAGUCAAGAGACGCGCGAUAUGUUCAUUAGGGAUUUAGCGAGGUGGGUGCGUGAGACGACCAGUUCGCAUCCCUUUUCCGACCUCUAUGAGACUGGUGAUGGGAAACAACCGGCUGGAAUUGAUUUCAAGGCCAGGCCGGUUAUGGGGGGUUUGUUUGCGUUGCUUUUGCUUGAUGGCAAGGGGUAUAGUGCUAGGAAGAGGGUGUUGUGA